AUGAAUGCAUUGGAUAUUAUUAAAAUAGAAGUAGAUCGACAAUUCUUACUAUCUCAAAGAGAAAAAGGCAGAAUUAGUUGUAUGCUUGGUAAAGAUAAAAAUUUACAAAAAGCUGAAGAAAGAGUAAUUACUCGGUUAGAAGCAGUUACAAAACGGAAAAAGAGAGCUUAUGGAGAAAUUGAACAAGCAAGACGUACUGUUGACAGCGAAAUAAUUUGUUCUACAAGUUCUGAUAGCGAUUCUGAUACUGGUGAAAAUAUUUCAAACAAAUCGUUAGAUAUUGGUAACACAUCCGAAUUCCUAGAUCUUCAUACGUUUCAAAGUAGAGGUAAGAAAAAUUUUAUAACGCCGAAACUUGCAAUCGCAUUGGACAGGUGUAAAAUAAGUGAUCGCGAUGCAGUUCAUAUAUUAACAGCUACUGUAGAAGCGUUUGGUAUACACGUAAAUGAUUUAAUUUUAAAUCGGACAUCUAUUAACCGAAUACGCCAGCGCUUACGUAAGGAUAGAGCAGAUCAACUUCGAAAAGAAUUCAAUACAUCAGAAGUAGGUCCAGUUGUUGUUCAUUGGGAUGCUCCAUUUCAAGACUUACAAUUAUUGAAAAGUCUCGUCGAUUAUGAAAAUAUACAUAAAAAAAUUUCUCAAUCAACAUUAAAAAAACGAUGUGGACACUUGUGGUAUUUAGCACCUGAAACAGUAGCAUUGGCCUUUUUUGAUACUAAUUUAACAAUUGAAACAAAAAUUAAAAUGGUAGAUUCUAUAAAACUAAAUAAUUUAACUUCUGAAAUUAAUAAACGAAUCAUUGUUUCACCAAAUGAAGUAACUCAAAUCAUGAAGAAAGAAAUAUAUGAUUUUAUUUACGUUGAAUCUACAUCAUUUUUUUCACGAUUUGGAAUAUCAACAUCAUUCUUGGAGCAACAUCCAUCAAUGUGGGAUGAAAAUGUAGACUUUCAAAAAGGUCUUGAAAUUGUAAAUACAUUUCGUGUUACAAAUGAUACGGCAGAAAGAGGGGUAAAGCUCAUGGAGGAUUUAAAAACUACGGUUUUAAACCCAUUUUAA